AUGGUACAAAGUUUACACGGAAAAUACAUCAGGGACUAUUUGAAAAAGCAGCGAAUUGUGCAAUACUAUCAGCUUGAAAUGCUGAUUGUGAACGAAGGCUUUUGCAAUAGCACCAGAUUAAUUGCGAUUGAACUCAGGAAUCAUUUUCCGGAAUGUGAGAUUCUUACAAGUGAUAAUGCCAGGGAAAUAGUAUUUCUGAAUCGAAUUACGCUUUAUUGCGAUGACAUUCAUCUUUUUACGUUCAAAAGAAGGCAAUUUUUAAUCAAACUGGCAUUUGCAAUGACGAUAAAUAAAUAUCAAGGACAACCUUUAGAAAAAAUUGGUAUCGACCUUAGAAAAGAUGUUUCCAAUCAUGGACAAUUAUACGUAGUGCGUUCAAGAGUACGAUCAAAAAACUCAUUGAAAAUAUUUUUAUCAAAUCAGAAAACCGACAGGAAGGUCAUAGUGUCGUCGAACAGACACAUUUAA